AUGCUCUCCUUGGCGCGGACGGCCAGAUGUGUCUGUGUGCCAAAGCUUUGUUCCCCCUGUACUUUGUACAGUUCUUCAAAAUCUACCGUACCGGAAAGCUUGAAGCAGCCUGCACCCAAACCAGACCAUCCUUAUGAAGAAGUUAGCAAGUAUAAGCCAUAUAGUCCAUUUCGAGUGACCCCCUCUAACAAAGUUGAGUAUGCUCUCGCCCGUCUCGAUGACUUAAUCAACUGGGGUCGCAAGAAUUCUAUUUGGCCGGUUACCUUCGGUUUAGCCUGCUGUGCCAUUGAGAUGAUGCACAUGGCUGCUCCUCGAUACGAUAUGGACCGUUUCGGUGUAGUCUUUCGAGCGAGUCCGCGUCACUGCGAUCUAAUGAUCGUUGCCGGCACCCUGACGAAUAAAAUGGCUCCUGCUCUUCGCCGUAUCUGGGAUCAGAUGCCUCAUCCAAAGUGGGCGAUUUCUAUGGGAUCUUGCGCAAAUGGUGGUGGCUACUACCACUAUAGCUAUAGUGUUGUUCGCGGUUGUGAUCGUAUCAUCCCAGUCGAUAUUUUUGUUCCUGGUUGUCCACCUACCGCUGAAGCGCUGUUGUACUCGGUCCUGCAAUUGCAGAAGAAGAUCAAGUACAUGAAGACUCAGCAGAUGUGGUACCGAAAGUAG